AUGGAUCUCGGGGACCAAACAAUCGUGGCCUUCGUUUACUUUGUAAAGAGCGCCGGGGAGAGCGCCGCGGAGCGUCUGACGGCGGACGAGAUGGACGCGCAGCGGCGGGAGACGGUGGUCUACCAGUACCUGUGCCGCCUGGAGGAGGCGAAGCGCUGGCUGGAGUCGUGCCUGGGGGAGCGCCUGCCCCCCGCGCUGGAGCUGGAACGGAGCCUGCGCAAUGGGGUGGUGCUGGCCCGGCUGGGCAGCCUGCUGGCCCCCGACGCCGCGCCCCCUGCCCGCAUCUACGACGCCGACCAGACCCGCUACAAGGCCUCGGGGCUGCACUUCCGUCACACAGACAACAUCAACUUCUGGCGUGGCGCCAUGGAGACCCUCGGCCUCCCCUCGAUCUUCUACCCAGAGACCACGGAUGUGUACGAUGGCAAGAAUCUCCCUCGGGUUGUGUACUGUCUCCACGCGCUGAGCCUGUACCUGUUCCGGCUGGGCCUGGCCCCGCAGAUCCUGGACCUGGACGGCCAGCUCAGGUUCACCGAGGAGGAGCUGAGCAGUGUCAGAUCGGAGCUGGACCGACAGGGGCUGCAGCUGCCUGCCUUCGGCGGCAUCGCCGACCUCCUGGCCGGGGAGACGACGGGGCAUCGGGCGGCCGGUACCCGGGGAGACGGGAGAUCCGUCCGUCCGCUUAGCCGUGGCGCCCCACUCCCUCCUUCUAUCUCUUCCUCCCAUCCGGCCCCUAGGACUGCUCAGCCUGUGGGCUUUGACCCUCCCCGUGCAUGCUCAGUCUUUCAGAGGGGUGUCCCUCCCUGCCCACGCUCCGUAGCGGGUGCCGCCCCUCCCCAUGCACGCUUAGACUGUGGGGGGCCGCCUCUCCCCGUGCGGGCUCGGUCAGGAGGGCUGCCCCUCCCAUUGCAUGCUCAGCUGAGCUUGGGCUUCUCACCCACAGCGUUGCGGGCGGCGGGCCGCAUCAACGCCGCCAUUCGGCGCGGGCGGCCCGAGGAGACCCUGCGCGAGCUGCAGAGCCCGGACGCCCGCCUGCCGCCCGUCGUCCCGUCGGCCGCCCCCCUCUACCAGCGGGAGCUGCGGGCCCUGCAGAGGCAGCAGCCCGGGGAGGAGUUGGGGCCCGAGGAGCUGUUCGUGGCCGUCGAGAUGCUCUCGGCCGUGGCCCUGGUCAACGCGGCACUGGACGCCGGGGAUGCCGGGGCCGUGGGGGAAGCCCUGGGCAGCGCCGCCGCCGGCCUGGCCGAGGUCCUAGGGGAGAACGCUCAGCGCUACUUUGAGGCUUUGCUGCGACUGAAGGAGUCCCGGGGGGUCGGGGCCUUCCUGUGCUGGAACGAGCUGCAGGACUGCGUGGGCCGGGUCAACCAGCGGGCCCGGGCGGAGGCUGACGACCAGGCCGCUGCCGUCAACGUCAUCAACGCGGCGCUGAGGCGGGACGACCCAGCCGAGACCCUCCGUGCCCUGCUCCUGCCUCCCGCCCGUCUGCACCCCGUCAUCCGGUCCGAUGCUGCCGCCCGUUACCAUUAUUUGCUGGCUGCCGCCCAGGCGGCGGGUGCCGAUGCUGCGUUGACGCUGGACGAGAUCCGCCAAAUCGUGGCCCAGGCCAACGAGGACACUGAGGCUGCUCACAGGGAGGUGCUGGGCGUGGCGGCCAUCGAACAGGUGGUCCGGGCGGGCGGGCCGGGGCCAGCGUUGCUGCGGGCCCUGGGCUGCCCGGCCGUGGGCCUGCGUGGGGUCCAGGCGGCCGGGGCCGCGGGCUACCAACAGCGACUGACCGCUCUCCUGACCGGGAAGCGGCCCUCAGGGCGUGAAAGCCCGUGGGUCCGGCACCGGCUCCGGGACGGUUCCGCCUUCUACCUGCAGCUGCAGACGCUGGAGGGGUCCUGGGCGCCGCCCCCCGGCCCGGCCCCCGGCCCACCCCCGGCCCCACUCACCCGCCAGGAGAUCCAGGGGGCGGUCAGCGCGGUGGCCGAGGGACUCGGGCGGCAGCGGCUGUGGGCGGCCCAGGAGGAGCUGGUGGUGCGGCUGCAGGCGCGGCUCAGGGGCUUCCUCAUCAGACGCGCCUUCGCCGGGCGCCUCCGUCAGCUGCGGGCACGGCGCUGGGCUGCCGCCGUCCGUAUUCAGUCCUGCUGGCGCGGAUACAGACAGCGGCGAGCGUUCUGGGAGCGACUGGUGUUUCUGCGGAAGAACACGGCAGCUGUCAUCCAGAUCCAGGCCUGGGUGCGCCGGUGGCGGGUGCAGAGACGAUACAGAGAGCGGCGGAGGCAUUUCCAAGAAAACGUGGCCGCGAUUGUGAAGAUCCAGGCGUGCGUCCGGGCCUGGAAGGCGCAGAGCGACUACCACUUGCUGUUGCGGGCCCCUCACCCGCCGCUGCGCGUCGUGCGCCGCUUCGCCGGGCGUCUGAGCCGGGGUCGGGAGGAGCGGGCGGAGCUGGGCCGGCUGCAGGCGGAGCUGAGCCGGAGGGUCCGGGCCAACCGCGCGCUGGAGCGGGACCUCGACCUCCUGGACGUCCAGAUCGGGCUGCUGGUCCGCAGCCGGGCCACGCUGCAGGAGGUGGCCUCGCAGUGCCGGAGGCUGACGCGGGGGAACAGGGAGCGGCUGGCAGCCUUGCUGGGGCCCGGCCGGCCCGAGGGACUCAAAUCUCUGACCCGGGAGAAGCGGCGCCAGCUGGAAGCCUACCAGCACCUGUUCUACCUGCUGCAGACCCAUCCCACCUACCUGGCCAGGCUCAUCGCGCAGAUGCCCCCGACCCGGGCGAGCCGCCUCCUGGAGCCGGUAGUGUUCUCCCUGUUCAACUACGCGUGUGGCCGGCGGGACGCCUACCUGCUGCUGCAGCUCUUCCGGGCGGCCCUGCAGGAGGAGAUCAGGGCCAGAGUGGACCGGCCCCGCGACAUCGUGACGGGGAACCCGCCGGUCAUCCGCCUGGUGGUCAGCUUCUACCGGCGCGGGCCCGGGACGGGCGCCCUGCGGGCCAUCCUGGGGGGUCCCGUCCGGGACGCCUUGCGAGACCCGGCCCCCGCUGCCCGCACGGACCCCGUGGACGUCUACAAGGCCUGGGUCAACCGCACCGAGGCUCAGACCGGGAAGAAGAGCACCCUUCCCUACAACGUCAGCCCCGACGAGGCCCUCAGCCACCCUGAGGUCCGGCAGCAGCUGGACGCCGCCAUCUGCAGCCUCGUCGCCUCGGCCUCGCGCUUCCUGGCUGCCAUCACCGCCUCCGCCGAUGGGAUCCCGUACGGGAUGCGCUACGUGGCCAAGGUCCUGAGGACGAGUCUGGCUGAGAAAUUCCCCGACGCCGAGGCCGAGAUCUGGAAGGUGGUGAGCCAUGUGCUGUACUACCGCUUCCUGAACCCGGCCGUGGUGGCCCCGGACGCCUUUGACGUGGUGGACCUGGCGGCCGGCGGGGCCCUGACCCUGGACCAGCGGCGGCACCUCGGGGCCGUGGCCCAGCUACUGCAGCAGGCGGCCAGCGGCCAGACCUGGCCCGGGCCUGGCUGCUGCCACCUCCAACCACUCAACGACUUCCUGACCGAGGGACACCACCGGUUCAGGAAGCUGGUGGGCAGGGUGUGCCGCGUCCAGGAGCCGGAAGUGCGCUUCGGCGUAGAUGAGUACGCGGAGCUGGUGUCCGUGGCCCGGCCUGUGGUCUACCUCACGGCCGGGGAGCUGGUCAACACCCACAAGCUGCUGCUGGCACACCAGGACUCCAUCGCCCCGGACCCCGGGGACCCGCUGCACGGGAUCCUUGAAGACCUGGGGGAGGUGCCCCCCAUCAAGGCUCUGCUAGGGGUGGCCGAGGAAACCGAUGGCGGCCGGACGGCGGACGGCCAGCUGGAUCAGCUGGAGAUCUCCCUGACGCUGACCGAAAAGCCUGCCACCGCCGACGAGGCUGACACGGACCGGGCCGACGCCGGGAGCCUAUUGCUGAGCGCCAAGCAGAUGUUGGCCGACGUGAUAGAGUUCCAGGCGGGGGACACUGUCCCCGAGGUCCUGGCCCUCCCGACGUCCCAGGCGCAGGAGGACGCCCACCAUCGCCUGCUACUCCGCCGCCGCGAGCGGGAGCUGCGGACCCCCGGCCUGAAGGGUCACGACCUCUGCCCGCCCCUGCUGACCCUGCAGGAGAAGAAACGCCGUCUUGCCCGGGACCUGCGGCGACUGGAGGGGCUGGGGGUGCUGGCCCCGGCCGAGGGCUACCAGGGCAUCGUGGAUGAGAUGGCUAAGGACAUCCGGCAGCAGCACGGUGCCCGGCAGCGGGUGCGGAUGGAGCUGGCCAAGCUGCGGGCGGCUCUGCGGGCCCUGGAGGCCAAGACGACCUUCCACGAGGAGCAGCUGGACUACUACGGCCAGUAUCUCAGGACGUGCCUGGACGGGCUGGCGGCCGGCAGCAGGGACAGGUGCCCGGGGAAGGGGAAGGCCCCGUCACCCCUGCGCUAUACGGCCACGCGGCUCCUGGACAAGGGUGUCUUGUUGGGCAUCGAGGGACUCCCGCCCCAACAGCUCCGCAACGUGAUCUUCGACAUCGCCCCGGGGGUCCAGGCGGGACAGUUCGAGGUCUCUGCCCGGUUCAUGGGCGUCGAGAUGGAGCAGUUUCAACUUUACUACCAGGACCUGCUGCAGCUGCAAUAUGAGGGCGUUGCUGUCAUGAAGUUGUUCCACAGGGCGACAGUCAACGUGAACCUUCUCCUCUUCCUCCUCAACAGGAAGUUCUGCAAGAAGUGAGGGGGGCGGCGGAAGGGGGCUACCCCCCUCUCCCCACAGACACACACGCGUUCGCUCGGCCCCAGAUCCCACCCCCCUCGUCCCCCUCGUGGGUUUUGGUGGGGGCAGCCCCUUUCCCGACCGCUUGCUUCUCCCUCCUCCCAUCCAGGAGAAUAAAAUCCCCCCCUUCACCCCGG